CGAACAUCGAAACCAUGGCGGUCGCCGAUCGGUGCACAAUGACCUCGCGGACGGGCCGCGACCUGCAGCGCUACGAUGGCCACGCGCGCCUCGUUGUCUGCGCCGUUCCGCUCUCAUUAGAUGGCGCGCGCGUCCUCCUCAUCUCGAGCUCCAAGCAUGCAGAUCAGUGGAUCCUACCCAAGGGCGGCUGGGACGCGGACGAGUCGGCCGAGGCGUGCGCAGCACGAGAGCUCGCCGAAGAGGCCGGGGUGCACGGCGACAUCCUCGGCGAGCUCGGCGCCGUCGACUACGAGACGGCGAAAGGCAAGCCCUGCCGCUUGCACGGCUUUGGCAUGCGCGUCACACGCGAGUUUGAGGAGUGGUCGGAAGCCGUUAGCCGGCGGCGGGAAUGGGUGUCGUUGGCGACGGCGACAGCACGGCUGGCCCGGCGCCCCGAGCUCGCGUCCAUGCUCGAGCGAGCGACCAUACUCGCAACGACACUAGAGCACUAAGACAAGAAGUAUCUACAUGUAUAGUACAUGGACAUGAGGAUAG